GGCCUGGCCGGGCCUGGCCCACGGUCCGGACCAGCCCGGCAGCAUGGGGGCCCGGAGGCUGGGGCCCAACCAGCUCGUCGUCCUCAACGUCUACGACAUGUACUGGAUGAAUGAAUACACCUCUUCCAUUGGAAUUGGAGUCUUCCAUUCAGGAAUAGAAGUAUAUGGUAGAGAAUUUGCUUAUGGAGGGCAUCCUUACCCCUUUUCUGGAAUAUUUGAAAUUUCUCCAGGAAGUGCUUCUGAACUAGGAGAAACGUUUAAAUUUAAAGAAGCUGUUGUUUUGGGGAGUACCGACUUCUUAGAAGAUGAUAUAGAAAAAAUUGUAGAAGAACUUGGGAAAGAGUACAAAGGCAAUGCCUACCACUUGAUGCAUAAAAACUGCAAUCACUUCUCUUCAGCUUUAUCCGAGAUCCUGUGUGGGAAGGAGAUCCCUCGCUGGGUGAAUCGACUCGCCUACUUCAGCUCGUGCAUACCGUUCCUGCAGAGCUGCCUCCCGAAGGAGUGGCUCACUCCGGCCGCCCUGCAGUCCAGCGUCAGCCAAGAGCUCCAGGAAGAGCUGGAGCAGGCCGGGGAGACGGCCACCACCGCUGCCACUGCGGUCCCUCCCCCUCCCCUGGCCAGUGCUGCAACAGGACCCCGGCCAGGCCGCCACACCAAACUGUGAGCGUCCCCCUCCGUGCCCCCAUCCCCCGGAAGACCGCGCCUCCGAGCGGCCUCCCGGCAGCCGGACCCCUUCGGGAAGCAGAGCGCCCUUCGAUCGGAUCGGACGUGCCUCUCGGGGGCGGAAGCCCGAGAGGUUUCUCUCCCCCUCCACCCCCCAAACCCCAGUCUCUUCAGCUCAGGAUUCUAUUUGUAAAGACAACAGUCACUAGGCCUGAGAGGGAGGACUCCGCAGAGCCGCCCUCUCCGGUUUUGUGGGGGUUUUGGUUUUGUCUUUGUUUUGUUUUUGUGUUUUUUUUUUAUUCCACUUGUAAAUUCAGAUUUGCUUCUGUUUUAUACAAGAUCUGUUCCGUUUACA